AUGGAGAAUGGAGGUUUGAACGGCACACACCUGAAUCAUGACAGAAGCAUGAAGGCCAACGGUAUCAACGGUGGGAAGAUGGAGGGCCAACCAUCGCCGAACAAGGGCAAGGCACCGGCCGAAACACCAGCGUCAGACAACAUUGCGAAUGGCGCUCCGGACUCACAGGGCAAGCAGCAAUCCCAGAUGUCUACCGGCCUUACAUUGCAGCAAAAACCGAGGAUGAACGACCUACCCGAGGAAAUCGUCCACAUUACACAGGGAUACAUCCCAUUGUCAAUGAUCGUGUCGCGACUCGCGCAACGCACCCACGAGGAUUUACAGAAAACGAUCUUGGACAUGGCGGCCAUUAAGUGGGCCCCACCUGCUGUGAACGGAAACACACCCCACGGUACUGACGCACCGGACGAUAUGUCGGAAGGGAACAAGAGAAGGAAGAUGCUUAUGCUCAAGUUUGCUCAAGAUGCGCAUUCUAAAUGGGUCAAGGCUCUCGUUAUCACGGACUGGAGCAGAAACGCAGAGGCUGUCAGCAAGCUCAUUGACAUCAAGGCGCAUAUCGACUCCAAGCGAAUGCUCUUUGAUUUCUGCCAGGACUUGUUGAUCGACUUGAAGCGAUCCCUCAUUUCUGCGCGGCUCCCCAAUCCCGACUUGAAGACUGCUUUGCAGGUUCUGACGACUGGUGAAGCGUCAUGGAUUCCCGAGCCGGGUUACAAUCCGCCGCCACCCCUGACACCGGAAGAACAGCUGAAGUGGAUCGACGAUCUCAACACCAUGCUCUCGUUGCGCCUGAAUCUGGACGACUACGACAAGAUACCGCAUCAGUUCAAGAACUACACCAUACAGUCGGGCAGAGUUACUUUCAAGGUGAAGGGUGAGUUUGAGGUGGAUUUGACCAUCGCCGAUGAGGAUUUUACGAAGCAGUUUUGGUUCAUUGACUUCCGGUUUGCCUUCUCGCCAUCCUCGAGCAAGCUUUCCGAUGCUCUGGUGUCAUACCUCGAGCUAAAGGUCAACGAGAUUCUCGGUCAAGACGGCCUAGAGGGAUGCUAUCGAUUCCUCCACGAGUUCGUCCUCACUCACAAGAUCAACGAACUCAGACGACAGGCUCUCGAGUUAAGUCGGAGCACAUGGACCGGAACGUUGAUGGUAGAACCCCUAAACCGAGCUCUGGCCCUCCAGUACUGGACCACUCGGUACGGACCCAAUGGGCCCAAGAGCUGGGUCAUGGUUGCUGUUAAUAGUGCCAAAAAGACCAAUGGGCAAACUGAUCCAAAACACUCCAGUCGCCUGGUUGCACGAUGGUACCGGGACAACAAAGAGGUCCGAGACGUCUUCCUGCCAUUCGAUGUCGACAACUUGUGCGCUGAGGAUUUGCUCAAGACUGCCGUCGCCAGACAUGUGGAGCAUAUUCUCUCUUCCAUCCACAACAAACUUUUGUCAUAUCCCCGGUUCGUGAAGAGGGAGUCUUCCAUGACUCUCAAGAUCUCACGAACAGAGCCGAUGGAAUCGUCUUUGAGCAUGCAACUAGGCUCGCGAGACAAUGUCACCCUUAUUAUCCAACCGGUGACCGGCUUUGCAGCUAUCAAACCUCAUACAAAGUACUCACUCAACGGCGAGAACCGUCUCAACUACGGUGGCAAAGAUCCUGCUGAGGAUGGCGUCACCUGUCUGGAAAACAUUCGUUGGGGUUAUGUCAUCGAAGAGUUCAAUCGCAGAGGACGGAGCGUGGGCUGGAGGGCUUGCAAAAGCCCGAUUGGAAGUGAAGACAUCAAACAAAUCAUUCGGACUCGCGAGGCCUUCCAGACCAUUUUCCUGCAGCGUCAAGGUCUAGGCCAGGAAUGGUUUGUCAUGGUGUCCUUGAGCCUGAGCGGGGAUGAAUGGUGGUUGCUUGAAGUCGACCGCAACACGCCAGCACGUCCAAUCAAGUUUCAAACCAAGCUAGAACUUACCCGAGGGCAACCCGACCUGGAUGAUGCUUUCUGGUCGAAUUUGACUCUCUUCGUUACUGGCAUUAUCACUCAAGCCACUGAUCUGGAAGAUCUGCACCAAAGGGAGGUUAAGUACCUGAGGAGAGAGUCAACUAACUACGCAUUACCGCAACAAAUUCGGCUCCCGUCCCUGCUUCUCAGACUGUCGCAGAUACUGCAAUCAUCCGAGACCAAUCUACAUAACACAUCAAAAGAGGCACCGAACGGGUCCAGCAACCACAAUUCAUCUUGGGCCCAGGAUCAAAUUGAGGUUAAGUUCAAGGGGCUUCAACCUCAACCCUCGGGCACACAGGGCCCAGAUGGCAACGCGCACUCGGGCGCUGAGGCGCUUGAGAACGUCCGACUCAAUACUGUAGUUGACGCUAUCGUUCGAGUCAAGGACAAGGCGAAAUUUGCGCUGCUAAAGGGUCGCAUCGACCGGGACAUAUGUUUCAACCCUAGGAGGGGCGAGUUCAUCUUUCGGAUUCGCCAAUUGGUUGGGCAACCUAUUCUGAGAACUCUGACAACCCACGUCAAGUCCAUUGAUCGCCUCGUGGGCUUUCUCGAAGCCAUGGGCAAGGCACGGGGCGACGUCAAGUGCGAGCGUGUCAGUCUCCGGCAAGUCAUUUUCACUUACAGUGACAUCAAAAUGCCUAGCGAAAGCGACACAAUCCAAAAGCCCAAGCGUUGGCGGGUCUCCCUCGACUUGGCUAAGAGCGACAUACGGAUGUACUUGGAAAGGGGAAACCCGCACGUAAGAGUACUCGAUCUACUCACGACUCUUGUCAACACUCAGAAUGGUCUCAAAGCAAUACUCAUUUACAUGCCAUUAUUGCUACCGAUUCUCAAAACUCUUGACAACAUCGAGUCGAAGUGGGAACCACUGGCAACGACGAACCAAGGUCGUCUAGAGAUCUUUGCAAGGACCAUCGAUUGGAUUGCCCUCCGUUACUCUCUGCCUGGACCCAACGGCCAACAGCGAAUUCUCGGCCUAGAAAUCAGAGGCAAGGUGCGGCGCAGUGAAGUUUGGUGGCAUUUCACCCGAGCGACACCGGGCCCGGGCGGGCCACCACCCCCUGAAGAGGAGUUCAACAGGGUUUUGAAGGGGAUAUGGGAAUCUCACGGCGACGGAUGGAGGGGUCUCACGACGGGCGCAGCUGCCCUUCCUGGACCUAGCACCAUGCAGUUGCUCACGAAGCUCGACGAUGCUGUACGAGCAUAUGCUGUGACCGGUGACAUCAGCAAGGCACCCUCCAUACAGGGGGCACAGACACAAUCGAGCCAGACAUUCUCGGCCAGCGAGUCCUUCAGCACGCAGCCCACAAGCGUGAGCCAGGGAAGCAACAGGAGCAGCGGGGGGAGCAAGCAAGCGCCUUUGGUGCUCGACUAG